UUAACAUAGAGGUAUAAAAAGCGGUACGAAAGCGAGGCCCUCCUCCGCUUCGGUAUCAUAGCAUUCGAAUGUGGAGUAUAUAAAGUUAAGCGAUUGAAUUUGCCAGCGUAGUCUGUUCAGAUUCAUUUAAAGGUUCAGAGAGAACGCACUAGGAAAAGACCUAAAUAAUGGCCGAUGAAGCAAAACCCGCAGAAGAAGCACCCCCAGCAGCGCCUGCCGAGGGAGAGGCUCCACCAGCCGAAGGUGAACCUGCAGUACCGGUAGUAGCAGAGCCCAUUAAACACACCUACACACUAUUUUAUUUUAAUGUGAAAGCGCUCGCUGAACCUUUACGCUACCUUUUUGCGCAUGGUGGUAUUGAAUACGAGGAUGUUCGAGUGACGCGGGACGAAUGGCCUGCAUUGAAACCAACAAUGCCAAUGGGUCAAAUGCCCGUGUUGGAAGUUGAUGGCAAACGUGUACAUCAGAGCAUUUCGAUGGCUAGGUUUUUGGCUAAAACUAUUGGACUGAGUGGCGCCAAUCCAUGGGAGGAUUUGCAAAUCGAUAUUGUCGUUGAUACGAUCAAUGACUUCCGCUUAAAAAUUGCAGUCGUAUCCUAUGAACCGGAGGACGAAAUUAAGGAAAAGAAACUCGUUACACUGAAUACAGAAGUCAUUCCAUUCUAUUUGGAGAAAUUGGAACAGACAGUUAAGGAUAAUGAUGGACAUUUAGCACUUGGAAAGCUUACAUGGGCCGAUAUCUAUUUUGCUGGCAUUUUGGAUUACAUGAAUUAUAUGGUGAAGCGAGACCUUCUUGAGACUUAUCCUGGAUUAAGAGCCCUUGUCGAUUCUAUCAACAGCAUUGAAUCCAUUAAAGCCUGGAUAGAGAAGCGACCACAGACAGAAGUUUAAACACAACGUUAUAGCAAUUAUAUUAAUACUGAGCUGUUCUAACACUUAAUCAGCUUUCAUAUUAUAUACUUCAAAUAUUACUACGUAAUUAAAUACUAAAACCACACACAACUACA